UGUCUUCGCUUUUUUUUUUAACCCUCCUGGCCCUUGUCUCCUUCCUUUUUGAUCCCUGCUUUUGCUAUCACCUCCACCACCGCUGACGACAUGCCUCCUCCAAUUCCUUUCCACCAGUUCAGCAACCAAGAUGAUCCCCUCGCACUAACCCUCGGACUUCCCCACGUUUCUUUGCCAUCCACGGUGCCGCUGCCACAACAAAUCCCUACCUCACAGCCGUUUCCAUGGCCAGUCUUGGGGCAGCCCUUCCAAUCACCCUUGCCGCCUCAGCCACUCUAUGACUUGAGACCGACGCCCCCACCACCUCCUGCUUCUAAUCAUCAAUUUUAUACUCAAAUGGAAACAGUAAAUCCUAACCCUAAUGUUGCCACUAAUCAGGACACUGCCGGUGGUUCUUCACGCACGCGUCGUGGGCGUAGAGCCUGUAGUAAGGCACGUGCCGAUGGCAAGAGCGAAACCAUAAAUCCACCGUAUCCGUGGGCGCGGAACCAGCGGUCCAUGAUUUACAGCCUAGAGUACCUUUUAUCCAAGGGGAUAACAAAGAUCAGCGGUGAAGUUAAAUGCAAGAGGUGUGAUAAAAAGUUCCAAAUGGAAUACGAUUUGGUGGAAAAGUUCAGGGAGAUAGCCUCCUACAUAUCAAGGCAUAGGAGCAGCAUGCAUGACCGAGCGCCGGCGGAGUGGAUGAAUCCGACGCUGCCGGGUUGUGUGAUGUGCAAACAAACCAACUGCGUGAAGCCGGUGAUUGCAAAGAAAAGAGCGAUAAACUGGCUCUUCUUGUUACUAGGAAGAGUGUUGGGGUGUUGCAAGCUCUCGGAAUUGAAGUACUUUUGCAAACAUACUGAGAAUCAUAGGACAGGGGCCAAGGAUCGGGUUCUUUAUCUAACCUAUUUGGGAUUGUGCAAACAACUAGAUCCUUCGGGGCCUUUUGAUCUUGAUCUUUGAAUUUCAAUUGUUAUCCAUUAGUUUGUUCCUUUUCUAGGUUUAAAAUUGUUUUUGGAAUUUGUGUUCUCCAUUUGGAUGAAGUUGUUAUAAUUAAUAGACUUAAUAGUUUAUU